AUGGCUCAGUCUUAUCCUCUCCCUUCUUCCUCAUCUCCUUCUUCUUCUUCUCUCUCCCACUGUGGCAUACCCAUUGCUUCAUUCUCCUUCGCUGAUUCCUCACUCAAUCUCAAACUUCCCUAUUUUCCUUCAUCCCUUAACCUCUCUCUUAUAUCCCCUCAUUCCAAGACCCUUCCCCACGCCUUUAAAAACUUCAAUUCUCUCUCAGAUGCAGAAUUUGACGACCCUCAUGCAAAGUCUUCGUCUUUCUCCAAAACUUCCAACCGUUUCAACCGCAGAAGCCCCAGACCUAAACACCUUCGCUACAAUUCCGAUGAAGCUAAGUCUCCGCUCCCCAAACUUGCCAAGUCUUUGGACUCGUGCAACCCCACUGAGGAAAACGUUUCUGAAAUCUUGAAGCCUUUAGGGGACAACAUUUCAGGCCGCAAUGCUGUGGUUAUCCUCAAUGCCAUGGUGAACCCCUAUACCGCACUCCUCGCUGUUAAGUACUUGCAGCAAAAGGUUCAACCCGAAACGCAUGUUAUUCUUUACAACGUUACCCUCAAGCUGUUUAGGGACGCUAGGGAUUAUGCAGGCGCAGAGAAGCUGUUUGAUGAAAUGCUUCGGAGAAGGGUUAAGCCUGAUGUCAUUACCUUUUCAACUAUAAUCAGUUGUGCUUCCGUGUGUUCUUUGCCACAUAAGGCUGUGAAGUGGUUUGAGAAGAUGCGCCAAUUUGGGUGUGAACCGGAUAGCUUUGUGUUAUCAUCUAUGAUAUUUGCUUAUGCACGCACUGGUAAUGCUGACAAGGCCAUGAAACUGUAUGAUCGUGCAAAAGCAGAGAAGUGGCGUCUUGAUACAGCAGUGUUCUCAGCAUUGAUUAAGAUGCAUGGGAUGUCAGGUAAUUAUGAUGGAUGCUUGAAUGUUUACAAUGAUAUGAAGGUUUUUGGCAUCAAGCCUAACAUGUUAACUUAUAACACUCUGUUGUAUGCCAUGGGGAGAGCUAAGAGAGCUUGGAAUUCUAAGACUAUAUAUGAGGAUAUGCUAAAUGAUGGAUUUACACCAAAUUGGCAAAUUUAUUCUGCUCUCUUACAAGCCUAUUGUAGAGCACGGUUUCGUGGAGAUGCGCUGGGUGUUUACAAGGAAAUGAGGCAAAAGGGAAUGGAUGUGGAUUUAUUUCUUUAUAACCUGCUUUUUGACAUGUGUGCUGAUGUUGGCUGUGUGGAUGAAGCUGUUGAAAUGUUUGUAGACAUGAAAAGUUCUGGAACUUGCCAGCCGGAUCAUUUUACAUAUGCAUCCUUGAUCAACAUGUACGCCUGCUUUGGGAAAAUUUCGGAGGCAGAAGCGUUGUUGAAUGAAAUGAUGGAAUCUGGAUUUCAGCCUAAUAUUAUAAUUCUGACAUCACUUGUCCAUUGUUAUGGAAAAGCCAAGCGAGCAGAUGGUGUUGUGAAGACAUUCAAUCAACUCUUGGAUUUGGGCAUCAGUCCUGAUGAUCGCUUCUGUCAUUUUCUUCUGUAUGCAAUGACCCAAAUACCAGAAGAAGAACUUGGUAAGAUAACAGUUUGCAUUGAGAAGGCUAAUCCAAAGCUUGGGUCUGUGAUAAGGUAUCUGACGGAAAAGCGGGAGGAUGCUGAAGGUUUUAGAAAGGAAGCAACAAAGCUUUUUAAUUCACUUGUUGAUGAUGUAAAGAGGUCAACGUGCAAUUGUCUAAUUGAUCUGUGUCUCAAAUUGGGUGUGCCGGACAGAGCACGUGACCUUCUGGACCUGGGGCUGACUCUUGAGAUAUAUCCAAAUUUACAAUCUAGGUCUCAAUCUAAUUGGUCUUUGCAUCUGAGGAGACUCUCGGUUGGUGCUUCUCUAACUGCCUUACAUGUUUGGAUAAAUGACUUGUCUAAGGCUUUGGAAUCAGGGGAGGACCUUCCACUACUACUUGGGAUUAAUACUGGGCAAGGGAAAGACAAAGUUGUGCCUACUGCAUUGGAAACUUAUCUGAAAGAACUUAAGGCUCCAUUCCGUAAGGCUGCUGAUAAAGCUGGCUGGUUUUUAACUACUAGGGAGCCAGCCGUGUCAUGGCUGCAGUCUUGGGGUUCAACUGAAAUGGAUACUGCUUUGAGCUCCAAGGUUAUAGGUGUUUCACGAGAGUCUCUUCCCCACUAAUUUUGUUGUGUUACUUUCAGGGAACCUUAUGCCAUGUAACUUUAUGCAUUAUAUUUUCCCUUUGGAAAAAAUUAUGGUAUAAAUUCAGAAGUUAAUGUUUUAUUUUGAAUGUCUUAAUUUUUU